AUGGAUAAUUCUCCUAGAAUUCCGAUGUUUAUUAUUCCUCUGAAGUCUAGUCCGGUAGCGCCGGAUAUUUCACCCAUUAAAAAAAAAAUCAAAAAGUGCUAUGGAAAUCAAAUUUUCAUUGAUGAAAAUAUGUUUCAUAGUUUUCUUUCACUCCGGACGGAAUGUUGCAAGUACCCGAAUGAUGAGAGGUCUUUGGCCUCCAUAAAACGGUAUUAUGCACAGUUGUUACUGCUAAAAAAUCGGAUCGAUCUUACCGUUCCCAAACUGGUCGAGUGGCCCUGGCAGGAUGCCUUUAAUCAGACACAGUUCGUCCGAACGGAAAUUACCUAUGAGGAGGCCGCCAUUCUCUAUGGGUUAGGAGCUGCACACUCUCUUCUUGGUCGGAAGGAAUCUCGUGCUGAUCCAGAUAGCAUGAAGAUCGCAUGUACUCACUUCCAGUGUGCAGCAUGGGUUUUUCAGACUCUUCGAGAGCGUUAUGGUUCAUUUUCUGAUGCUGAUGACAUGUCGGGUGAUCUGUUUCACUUAUACAGUAUCAUUUCUUUGAACCAGGCUCAGGAAUGCAUAGUAGAAAAGUCAAUUGCGGACAGUAGGCCACCUAAUAUCACUGCAAAGCUGUCCAAGUACCUGGCUGAAUCUUACGAUCGGUGCUUCUCUAUGGCGAACGCCCUCGGUGAUUCUAUACCUCCUCGGUUUCGCAAGGAUUGGACACGAGUCUUGUCGGUAAAGAAGUCUUACUAUGCCAGUCUGGUCGAUUUCUUUGUGGCAAGUGAUAACGCAGCUGAAAUGAAGUUUGGCAUCUCUGUGGCUCACUACAAGUCAGCCCAAUCCAACAUUGAGGAAGCCUGGCGUGUUGCCAAAACUCUCACCGACUCUAUGGAACCUCAGACGGCUCAGAAUAUGAUAAAUACCAUCCAAUUUGUUCGUGAACUCAUCAUCAGCAGUUGUGCCAGCGCUGUCAAAGAUAACAGUCAAAUCUACCAUGAACGCGUGCCUCCACUUGAGGAUCUAGAGAAAAUUGAGGGUAGCUGUUUGGCCAAGCCAACGCCUUUUAAUCACACGGAUCCUGACGUUAUUGGUGAGGACAUCUUCAAGGAUCUGCUUCCAAUUGAAACAUUGGAAGCCAGUUCUAUCUACAGUGAAAUGAAAGCUGAUUUCCUUCGAAAAAUCUUAACAGAAGUAGAAGAGAAGGAUUCGGAACUAGGUUCUCUUCUCUCGAGCCUUAAUCUGGACCCCAAGGGGCUGCUUAAACAGGAUUCAGGUCUGCCUCAAGCGCUGCUUGACCACUGUGCCAAAUUCAAUGCUUUAGAUCGGUCACCAGAGAGUGAACUCUCUGCUCAAAUGUCUGCUCUGGUUGAUGUGAGUGUUGAUGUGGAGGCCGAUUUGGAGGAACUCUCUACCAGGAUUCAAGCCACCCGAGUUCGUCUCAACGGAGUUCUGUCCAUAGCCCCGGCCUUCAAGACGGACCCACUGAAAGAGAAAUUGGCAAAAGUGGCUGAGCGUCAGGAGAAAUUCGCUCUUGCAGCGGCCGAAGCCAAAAACUCAAACAUGCGAUUACAUGAGGCUCUUACGGAGAAUCUGAAGGCUCUACACACACUCACUCUCUUACCAGAUGAAAUUGAAGCCGGUUUACCCAACGCAAAUGACCUUAUCACUGAUACAGAACUGCUAGAGGGGCUAGACGAGGCAGCUCGAAUUCUCUCGAAGGUGGAGGAGAUGAGGGCACAACGUACCAAGAUGCUAGAGGACCUUCGUUGCGCUCUGCAAGCAGAUGAUGCGACUCAAGAGCUCCUUGCUGCAGCCGAUCCCUCUACGCACAGUGCCAUCUUCCAACGUCGUUUAGAUGCGCAUCAGGAGGCAGUUAAACUCCUUCAUCUCAAUUUGGCUGCACAAGAGAACAUCACUAGGGCUCUUAUUGCAGCACAUGCAGAGGGGAAGCAAGUGCCAUUUCCUUAUCUCGACAUUUUCUACUCCAUUUACAGACGCACCGAGGAGAUCGAUGCUCUUAUCCGGUCUGCUGAGGCGUACGAUGAUCUACUUUUGAAGUGCGGUGAGGGGCAGGCGUUCUACCGUGACAUUGGCGAGCGUCUUCAGACACUGCGCUCUGAGCUGGAAGAGAUCAAUAGCUCCAUUGUAUGUCUGGAGCCAAAGCAGGUCAAUCAGCCAACAGCACCCACUCAGUCUGCGUUCACUUCUGUCCAACCUGGUUCGGCUCAGGAAAACUCAGCCUCAGCUGGUCCGCUCACCCUUCGGGAUGUGCUGCGAGCUCGUGGUUCACCAGGCGAAUUCAAAUCCACGUCAUUCGGUCCUUUCAUUCCUACCCAAGUGAUGCAGGCAUCUGCACAACAGCAGAAUGUCAAAACAUCGAGACCGUCACAACCGUCUGCGGCACCAUUUGCAGUUACCCAAUCCCAGGCCAACAUACCACAGGGUCAAAGUAGGCUCCCAUGUUCAACGCCGGCGCAACAGCUGUACUCUAGGCCUUGCUACCAAAGUCCGUACUUGGCAAACAUUCAGUAUCCAUCUGGUACACUAGUCCCACUUACGCAACAGCCUCAGCAGCAACAGCAACAAUCACCUGCCUUUAUUUAUCAACAACAACAUCCCCCUUUGGUUCCCCAGUACACCCCUCAAUCACCUAUGGCAAUGCAGCAUCCAGUUCUGCGGUAUCCAAUCUCUGGGUUCCAACAAAUCUCACGAUUGCCAAUUUCACAGAGUCAAUGGAUGACACAAACGAAUCAAAAUCUGCCACCAGGAGCCCACCCGUUGAUUUCAAACCAAUAUAGACCUCAAACUCCUGCAGUCCAAUCCUACCAAUCACCUCAAACAGGCCAAAAGCAGAUGCAGAUUCCACUACCCGGCGUUCAUCCACCAGUUUCGGGAAUAUCAAGUCAGCAACAAUAUAGAGCUUUGAUUCCAUCUCAAGCUCCUACUCAACUAGGUCAACAACCUAUUCAAAUUCCAAAUUCUGGUGUCCAACCAGCUGCCCCGGGAGUGCCGAGCUACCAACAAUGUAGAACCCCAACUCCGGGCGUCCAACCAAGUCAGCAACUGACUCAGAAUCUACUGCCUGGAGCUAAUCCAGCUAUUCCGGUGGCCCCAUAUCAGCAACAAUAUGGAACUUUAGCUCCAAGCCAGACCUACUCCCCUAUCCGACCGAUGCAGAUUCAACCGGCUGGAGUUAGACCAGUUGCAACAGGAGCGUUAAAUCAACAACAGCAUGGGUCUUCAGCAUCUGUUCAGCCUUACUUAUCGACUCAAUCUGGCCUACAACCGCUUCAGAAUCCACUAUCUGGUGUUCAAUCCGGACUGCCUAAUCAGCAAAUGAUUUCAAAGCAGUUUAUUUCUCCAAAUCCGACUCAGACUUCUCCUUCUUAUGCUCAGAGGGGAGUGCUUUUUAGAGCACCACUUCAGGAACAGCCCUCUUAUGGACAGCAGUAUCCUCGAGGGAUGUCUGUCCAACGUGUCCAACAGCCUGAGAACGUUGCUCCAGUCCCGCAGCAGUGCUAUGGAGCACCUCAAUACUCCCACACUUCUCCUUGUGGCUAUCAACAAGGCGUGUCGUCCAACCACAGUUCUUAUAAUCAGAAUAAGAACAUACUCUCCAAUCAAUUGCCAGCAGCUGUGCAGAACUCAAAUCAACAUCAAUCCUCUGAACAUGUUCCUGUGGCUCCAUAUAACGCUGUUCCAUUUGCUGGCUCAUCAACCUCACAGCCGGCGGCUUCAUCGUCUGCUCCUCCGACUAAGAUGUCCUCAUCAGGAGUAGCAGGAUAUGUGCCUAAUCCAGUUUCAUCGUUGGGAGAAGGGGAAGGUUCUGACGUGGACGAAGCGGUUGUUGGUGCCUCAACGGAUCUCGGAGAGACACCAAUCUCUCCUCAUAUCCUCACUCAGGCAGAUCUAGAGCUUCAGAGGCGAGAAAAGCAGCUGCGAGCAACCUACGAGGUACCGGGGUCUAGUCAUGUUGACGCUGCCACAACUAAGAGUAGUGGGGAGGUCACUUCAAACGCCACGGCUGCCAACACGUCAAACCCGCAUUUCGAUCAGCUGUCUGAUCCCCUCGCACUAAACCGAUUUAUCGACGCUACAGAGCGUCUCCUCACUUGGCUAGAGACUAUGAAUGAACCAUGUCAAGGUGAUAUUGAACCAUUUAACCCACCAUUAUCAUCAUUGUCACGGCCAGUUAGUCGCCUCGAUCAGGCAUGGUCACGAGUGAAGGAAAUUGCGGCCAAUAUACCUAGCAAACGACCAACGCAGGCUGUUGGUCGCUGCAGCGCGGCAAAAAAUCGUCGUCAAGAGUGUAUUCCCUACGAUUUCAAUCGCAUUCAAUUGAAAUAUGAUGCUCUCAGCAAUAAAGACGAUUACAUAAAUGCUAGUCAUUUGGACUUAGCAUCCUCCCUCGGUGAAUGGUGUCCACGAUACAUUCUAACGCAGGCUCCCCUCCCCAACACUGUCACAGAUUUCUGGAGUAUGAUUUUCGAUCAGGCCUGUGAACUGGUGGUACUUGCACUUCCUCCCCGUCGAAGAACUUCUCUGCUUCCUUCCAGUCUUGAUCCUUCUGAAAGUUAUGCAGAAGGGGCUUACGGUGACCCUGAAGACGGACUCAGAGUCCCUCCUCACCUCCCUCCGCUCAAAAUUGGAUCGCGGCUUCAAACCGGUAACGGGGCUUCCACACUUGAACUCCGUCUUCAAGCUGUGAAAUUCACCCGUCCUGACGCCCUCUCUCAGCAUCCACCCACUGUGGAUUCAAUUUCCCAGUCCACCUGUAUUGAACGCAUCCUGACCUUACGAAAUUGUAGUAGUCAACAGACUCGAACAAUUGUCCAUAUCUGCUACUCUGGAUCAAUGCCAACUUUCAAUGAUCCUAACUCUAUUGCUUCAUUCACCGCAUUCAUCCAAACAGCUAUAGGGUUUUACAAACAACAGAGGAAUCUCAUGCAUCCCAUAGCGGUGGUCUCAGAAGACGGUGGAGGUCUGGGAGGUAUGUUCAUUGCUGCAUCAGCAGCCAUACUUCAAGCAGAAGUUCUCGGGCGUAUUGGGGAUGUCAGCGAGUUGGUUGGAUGCCUGUGUCAGCAGCGCCGAGGAGCUUAUAGCCAUCCCGAACAGCUUGCAGCUACAUGUGCUGUGGUCGGACUGGCCGCUAAGCAGUCUCUAGCUCGAAGAGAUAUUAUCGUCGGGCCGUCAUCAAGCAGCGCCCGAAAACCCUCUAGUAGCAGUGACAACACAGCAUUGCUAGGACAGGGGAGGCAAACGAAGCCGAUUUGCACAGAUGCAUCAAGGGUGGAGACGCAAGAUUUCACUACAUCGUUGUUUUCUGAUCGACCUCUGCAACUAUCAGAAAUGAUGUCAGCACUUGGAUUCGCCCCCAUUCCUAAUCCCACUCAACCGCAGCCCACAGAAAAUUUGAAGGUUCAGCCUCCAGCAGAGGCUUCUUCGGCAACAGCGGUAGAGGGUGGAGGCGGAAGCAACGGCGUGUUUGAUGAUUUGCCUUCGCAUUUAGUGAAUCUCUCUCUGAUUGAAGGCGAUGCCAAUGGAUCUUCAAAUGCAAUGACUAAUCGUCGCCACUACCAGGCGCGAGAUUUUGUUGAUAAGGCCUACAAGGAGUCGCGUGACAGUCUGUCCGCGAAUCCAAAUAUCUUUAGCGAUUUGGAUCCACUGCAAUCGCAGUCACAGCCUCCUCCGAACGACCAAUGA